UGAACACACGUCUUCAUUUGAAACUUUGGGAAUAACAUUUGUUUCCUUUUUCCAAAACCUGAAAAACAACAGGCUGAAUCAAAAUGAUUUUCAAGUCUUCGGACUUCAAUCUCGACUUCGGAGAAAUUCAUGGUGAGGGGGCUGGACGAACCUGCGACAAUACAGCGAUGGACAUCAACAGAACGACGCUCGCUGUCUUCCAGUGGAUCUGAAUACGCAUAUAAAACGUUUCUGCAAAUGAUAUUUCUAUGAUGGCGAAGAUCGCAGUCACCUGGUUGUUUCUUGUUGCUGUACUUCCACGGUCGACCGAUAUGCAGGGCGCAACACCUGGCUCAGCAUUAAACUGCUGUGAAGGAGAUCUUCUGCUUCUCUUGGACUCAUCAGGUAGCGUCUCUUCCUACGAAUAUUCCAGACUUCUGAACUUCCUGUCUGAGCUGCUCCUCCCGUUUCAGAUUGGACAGAACAAUGUUAGGGUGGGGCUGCUUCAGGUGGGCACCGAACCACGGCUGGAAUUCGGACUGGACACAUACAAUAACCAGGUAGACCUGCAGGAGGCGCUGUUAAAUACGCAGCAGCUUCAGGGAGACACGAACACAGCGCUGGCCCUUGGGCUGGCCCAGGAACUGCUAACCAGGCCGUCAGAGACUGAAAGCCUGCCGAGGGUACUCGUGUGGUUAACGGACGGGGUGAAUCCCGGAGCAGUGGAAGAAUCCAUGAUGGCAUUGCAGGACAACGGCGUGUCGGUCUUGGUCGUCUCCACUGGACACGGGAAUUACCAGCUGCUGCGCAAAGUGGUGAGCCCACCCAUUGAGGCCCACCUCUAUUUUGUGGAUGUUGAUGACCUUGGAAUCAUCACUGAGGACUUGAGGGACGCCAUAAUCGAGCUGCUACGUGCUGAGAAGUUGCAGGUUCGCGAUGUCACGUCUCGCAGUGCAAUGCUGCACUGGAGACCCAUACUAAGAGGUGGUCUGGGCUACUACGAACUGCAGUACGGCCCAGCACGAGGAUCAGGAGGCGGGGGACAGGGCUCGACCAACUCAGGGGCCAGCACCAGCGGUGGUCGGUAUCACAAACUCAUCCUCUCUGGAGAGUCCAGCCAGACGGAACUGACCGACCUGCAGUCAGACACCACUUACACCGCGUGGCUCAGGCCAGAGUCUAACCUGGACUUCUUAAAAACCCUCAGUGCCACCUUCAGAACGCUACCAGAAAUCCUGAGUCCAAGCAGUGUAACGGUGUCUGAAUCUGGCACGGACAGCGUGCGUGUGAGCUGGGGUCCGCUGCAGCCCGCCAGCGUCAGGAGCUACACUGUAGAGUAUGGAGCGAUACCCCGCGGGGAGGUCCGUACAGCCACGCUAAACAACCACCAGUCCAGCAUGCUGCUGACCAGACUUCAGCCUGACACUCAGUACCUGGUCACAGUCAGCGCACUGCACUCGAAUGGCCAAGAGAAGGCCAUGUCUGUCAAAGCCUGCACACAGGAAGUUCUUCCUGGCCUGGCUGACCUCCAGUUGACUCCAGUAGGACAAGACUCUGUGCAGGUCCAGUGGCGGGGACAGGGGGAGGGUUUGCAAGGUUACUGGGUGAAAUGGAAUGCAGGACGUGACUCCGCCUCUUCUUCCAUGUACCUGCCUCCGAAUUCUCUGUCCACUUUGCUCACCCGCGUGAGUCCUGCCAGCCGUGUGUGUGUGUCACCUGUGUAUAGGACGGCGCGUGGAGAAGGCCUUUGCUGCACAACACACACAUAGUCAGGACGGCAGCCAUGUCAGAAAUAUAUGAAUAUUCAUCAGUCGAUACAAAUUCAUGGGAGAUCAUGGGUGAGCACUCGCACAUGUACAUGCUGUGUCAGAAGCAGCUUCUCUUAAGAGGAUUCAAGCACAGAGAGCGACAGAGACCCUCUUCACUAGCAAUUUCUCUCAGCGAAUAUGCAGAGGAACUCAAGAGGCAAAUCACCAGGGUGAGCGGAGGACUGGAAUCUCCAGAACGAACAAACAAGACGAUGACUAGGGCUUCGCGAAAGAGACUGAAGAAUAUUAACAAACAAACCAUUUUGUACCUUAGUGUCCUUUACGUACUCUAAGCAAUGUCUGUCUUACUACCUUUCCAUCUUAUAUUAAUACAAACACUUGUCAUUGCAAACCAAACAUAUGAGUCACAAGUCCAGUGUACAUCCAUUUACUGGGAAAUAAAAUUGUUAACACUUGCAUCACGUACACAGAAAUACACAGAUGCACACACACAAAUAAACCAGUAUUUCAUUAGAAAGUCUCUGCCUGGCUAAAUAAAGAGUAAAUGGGAAUGGGUGAACUUA